CACAGCAGCGAGAGCAGCAGGUUUGCUAUACGUUCGGUCAGUGAGGAGGGAAUGAAGGUACAGAAGUGAACAUGGUGACUCUCUGAUGCUGGAGAUGACAGGAGAUCCUGCACCUGCAUGGGACUCUGGGAACGGCACCAUUUGGGAGGAAUACAUCGACAUUGCCUUUGUGGCGGCAAACAGCUUGAUUUUGUUAAUCACUUCUGUUGUGGGCAUUACAGCAAAUGUUUUUGUCAUACUGGCAGUGUAUCGGCAAAAAUCGCUGCAAACCUCCAAUAAUGCACUGGUGGUGAAUCUGGCUGUUAUAGACUUUCUGCGGUGUGUAUUCGACUGCCCCAUUCUGCUAACCAUCAUUAUCACUGUGUAUCAAAAAGGACAGUUGGACAGUUUGACCUGUGACACACAAAUGGUCUCUUUCUCUUUCAGCUGCUGCAUACAGUUGUUAACGCUGGUGUGCAUAAGUGCAGAGAGAUACCAGGCCAUCGCACAGCCCUUCAAAACUAGUCAACGAAAAGCAAGGAUUACGGUACUCAUUCUUCUCACAUGGAUCUUGGCUAUUCUGAUGGCUGUUUUUUCCCUGAUAUUUUUUAAUGACUCACCCGUGCAUGUGCGAUGCCAGGGACGACAGAGAGAAACAUCAUCUUCCUAUGACAACUUUGGACUUUACAUGCUGUUCCCACUGUGGGCAGCUUGCUUCAGUCUUAUCAUUGGAUUCUACUCUAGCAUAUUUGCUGUAGUGAGAUCACACAAUCGCAAAAUAUUUGAUAAAGGAACUUCUUCUCCUCCUAAAAAAGACACAUCAGAAGAUAAGCAAAAAAAGGAAGAGACAACAGUCGUGGAAAAUGGACAUGGAAAAUCUGAGCAAAACCAAACCCUGAGCAUCCCUGUUGCUCAGGCACAUCCUGAGCCAAAUUCAUCAAAGAAAAAAUCUUCAGCUUCUCUGCUGACCUCAGGAAAAGCUCCUCAGUGUCUCUCCAUUAGUCCAGAGAAUAAAAAAGAAUUCAAAAAUACACUGGAAAUAAGUGACUUAGAAUCAGACCAACCUGACUCCGCUGCAGUGCAGUCUGCAGUGGAGACAACUAAGGAGAAACAUUUAAAAACAGAGCAGUCCGGCAUCAGUGCCACAAAUGUCACAAAAGGAAAUGCAGCUGCUAAUGUUAAGAACUCAACCACAAAGACGCAGGUGUCGAGCAAUUUCAACACAGAAAACCAGCCCAAAGAGAGACUGAAAGCCGACAGAGAAACCAGCCCCAGUGUUUUGUUGACUGCACAGUCAGAAAAUCCUGAAUCUACAUCUGUCUUACUGAUUGAACCAAAACAAGCAAAGAACAGCAGUGAAGGAGAAACACUGGCUGUUGCUGCAGUGAAUCAAGUGUCUUCAUUACCUCCAGUCUCGAGCAAUGUCCCUGAAACAGAAGCUAUAAAACAAAACAUGGAGGUAGAAGGAGCUGUUUGCAUGAUGCCUUCAAAAGCAGGGAGAGAGAGAGCAAGCAAAAAGAAGGAAAGUAAAAUGGCCAAGCGUGCUGGCUACAUAAUCAUAACCUUCCUCCUAUUCUGGCUGCCACUAAUCGCAACUAUCCUGAUGAAUUUUGUUCAGAGAAACAAGAACACACAGGUGAAGAUUUUUCAGGACUUGGAGAUCCUGUCAGUGUCUGUUGCCUGCAUCACUUCACUGAGUGACCCGAUAAUAUAUGCAGCAGUGAACCCUCAGUUUCGGACAGAGUUUAAUCGUCUGAAAAACAAUUUUAAAGCAAUGUUCGAUAAGAAAUGACAUCAUAUACGCUUCUGUCUACUUUUAAGUGGCACCAAAUAACCAUAUUCAUAUUCGCCGUGGAACUGAAUAUCGGACUGAAUACUAUUUGUCUAGUCAUUGUUCAAAUAUUAACCAUAUUAAACCCCAUUUGUCAAAGCAUGAAUUUUUAUUUGGCUAUAAGAAGCCUAUUAUUUUAUUAUGCUGCUGUGUUAUCUUAGAUUUUAUGCAGGCUGACUUCUCAGCAGUUACUAAACACUGCAGAGUAGAGGCAAUGCAUGCUGUGACAGGCUGCACCGACCAACGCAAUCAGCUCAGCAGGGGGGGGACGCUGCUGAGCUCUCUGUCAAACAGCCACUAAGGCCUGCCUGUCUGUCUCCAGAGACCCUCCCCAAGACCCACCGCUGGGCCAGUCAGGUCCUCACAUGUCCUCCAGCAGCACCUAAUUAUUAUCCCAUCCUGUUACAAGCGAUGCUCUUUGAAUAAUGAGGGAAAACAUUAUGAAAUCCGCCUAAUCGUGUUCUAGCUUGGA